AUGUCUGGCCUGGUGUGCGGAAAGAGACUGGCCGAGCUCGGAUGCUCAGUCACGAUCUUUGAUACAGGAAAGCAUGCAGCGGGAGGAAGAAUGUCAAGCAGGAUCUUGAACAUGAAGUUUGCGGCAGGGAAGGCCAAGAACGCCAAGGUUGAUCACAGCACACAGUUCUUCACGGCAACCGAUCCCAAGUUCACUGCCUUGGUGGAGGAGUGGGAGAAGAACGGGGUAGUUCAGGAGUGGAAGGGACCGGUUGGGGUGCUCGACAAGGGAAGUUUCACUGGGCUGGCAGCGAGCUCGAAGCUUUGGGUUGGGGUCGGGGGAAUAGACGCGAUCGCCCGUCACCUGUCAAAGAGCCUUCGGGUUGAGCUUGACACGUGGGUGGCUGUGGUGGAGAGGCAGGAGGACGGGAAGUGGCGGCUGUUCCGUGACAACAUGAGGAGGAGGAGGCUCAGCUCGGAGGUGGGCAGACAGUCUGACUUCGACUACAUCGUCGUCGCUCACAACGGCAAGUGCGCGGAGAGACUGAUGCGAGAUGCGGAGGUUCCAGCGCUGCACCGACUCCUCAAGUGCAAGUUCAGCAACGCAGCUCCACCCAAGGACCUCAUGCAGCUCUCCUCCCUGUGGGUCCUCGCGUUUGCUGUCGAAGGGACCCUUGGCCUUCCGUUCGAAGGAGCGUUCGUGAAGAACCACCCGGACCUCUGCUGGGUCUCAGAUAACACCCGUAAACUGGCGACCCCAGCACAGAGGGAGAAGGUGGCUGAAGGCGGCUAUGAGACCUGGACUGUCAUAUCCUCACGCAAUUACGGCACUCGCAACAAGGUUCCCCAAGAAGCAAUCCCUGAGGACGUUGAGGAGAGAAUCGUCGACGAGCUGCUGCGUGCCUUCGAGAGCAGCGCGGGGCUAAAGAACGGAUCCAUUCGCCCCAUCGCUAGGAGGGUCCAGCUCUGGGGAGCAGGGGUACCUAUGAACGCCUUCACAGGGGGGCCCUGCGUCCUCGACCGGGCCACGGCUUCAGGAAUCUGCGGUGACUGGCUCAUCGAGCCGAGCGUGCAAGGAGCCGCGCUGAGCGGGCUGGCCAUGGCGGAGGCGAUCGUGGGAGACAUCAAGGGAACAGUUACAAGUGACCUGGGGAUCCCAGAGGACCUCCGAGGAUGCUUCGCUCCUGCUCCUGCUCCUGCAUGCGGCGCCUUCCCGGGCCUUGAGGUCGGAGACUUCAACCCUCCUGAGGCCUCGAGGAAGCCUUUGAAGUUUUUGAAUCCCUUGGACAAUGAACGUGAUUAA